AUGGCGGGCUGGGCGUGGAACGUUCGGUCGCCAGCCGCCAAGGACGGGUGUCAUGGACGCCAGGAAGCUCGUGCACGGGAGUACUCGACCCUAACGGAGGAGGACCGCGACAAGAAGAAGGCGGUGGGGAACUGGAUGAGUUCUCCAAGGACGCCCGGCGACGGGCAGGGUGGUGGCGUGACCGACGGGAGCAAGUCGAACUUCGACUUCGAGGGCGCCACGGACGUGUCCGGCAGCAGCGAGAGCGAGACCAGCACUGAGGAAGUGGCGGCUGGCAACGUGCUGGGCCCGAUCGCGGAGGAGCAAGCCGUCGGGCAAGACGACGAGGCUCCAGGUGCAGAGGCUGCUACGGUGCUCGUGGGCGAGGCGCCCGAGCGACCGGACCUGAGGAUGGGCGCCGAGGCCCAGGGGCGUGCGAGCCUGCUGGAGACGUCGCGUGGGCGGCGUGCGCUGGACGCCUCCCUCCGGGAGCUGGUGCAAGGAGCUCCUGCGGUGGUUGGCGGUGGGCCCAUCGGCGUCUGCGCGAUCGUCAACCCUCCGUACGAGGGGAUCGCCGCCAUCGACAAAGCGCUCGGAGUCGGCGCCGGAACCAUCAUGUGCGUCGGCGUCGGCACGGACGGCACCGGUCGAGACAUGACCGCCGUAGUCUGCACAGGCACGCUCUGCAUCGGAGCCGCGUUCGGCGUCGGCACUCCCGUGGCCGCCACCGUUCCAGCCGCUCCCCCAAGAUAUUGCUGCAGUGCCUGCCGCAGGUCGCCACCGUCGGCUGCGCAGACACCACCGGCUGGCUCACUGGCCACGCCGUGCUCGCAGCUUGAUACGCUUGGGCAGCCGCACUUGACGUAUGUGGCACCUGUCCCGUGCCUCCCGCCGUCGGCGGAGGACCCUGGGAUGCCGGUGGGGGCGUGCUCAAAGCCCGCGUCAAUACCCGCGCCAGCAAUUCCACGUUCGGAUUCCCGCUCGACCCGUGAGUCCCACCCGACGGUACCGGCCCGGUACCUGCCGUCGAAGUGGUACUCGCGGGGUCCUACGGUUCAACAGGGAGGAGGAACGAGUCUACCUCCGCCGACGGCGGGAGGCACGGGACAGGUGCCACAUACGUCAAGUGCGGCUGCCCAAGCGUAUCAAGCUGCGAGCACGGCGUGGCCAGUGAGCCAGCCGGUGGUGUCUGCGCAGCCGACGGUGGCGACCCUGCCGACUCAGAGCGCGCCCGCUCCGGGGAACGUGAACCCCUCGGCGGAGGCGUACCUCGGCUCGCUACUGCGGCAGGCACUGCAGCAAUAUCUUGGGGGAGCGGCUGGAACGGUGGCGGCCACGGGAGUGCCGACGCCGAACGCGGCUCCGAUGCAGAGCGUGCCUGUGCAGACUACGGCGGUCAUGUCUCGACCGGUGCCGUCCGUGCCGACGCCGACGCACAUGAUGGUUCCGGCGCCGACUCCGAGCGCUUUGUCGAUGGCGGCGAUCCCCUC